AUGAAUUCUUUGAAUUUUUGCGAGCCGUCAAGCGGUCUGUAUCCCCUCCACGGUGUUAACUCCAUGCUGUUCGACCUGCACCACCAGAUGGCGGAGCAGUACCAGGUUUAUUCUGCAGCCAGCCCCACAGUGCACACCCUCUCUGUGGCCGAGAGACUGGCAGAGCUAAUUCUGGAGGCUCGGUAUGGCAACCAGCAGAAGCAGCGGCGCAGCCGCACAGCAUUCACAGUGUCGCAGCUGCAGGCUCUGGAGGAAGCCUUUGCACAGACACAGUACCCAGAUGUCGGCAUGAGAGAGAGGCUGGCUGUCUGUAUCAACCUGCCUGAGGCUCGCAUUCAGGUGUGGUUCAAGAACAGGAGGGCAAAGUUUCGUAAAGGUCAGAGGUGCUCCCUGCUCUCCAGAGACCACAGCCUGGAGGAAGCACCACACCGCAGCAAGAUGGGACAGGAUGAAGUCAGGACUAAAGACAAACAGGACAUCACCACAUCACACAAUGACAGCAUCACCCCUCCUCCUCGUGGUCCUCCUCAUGUGGAUAAAUCUAGGGAUGUUUGCCCGCCUAUCGCUCCUUCAGACUCUGAUGUUUCACGGUGCCCACUCCGACUUCACUCUCCUCCACUUUUCACCUUCAUGACGGGGGAGCACUACAGCCAUUCACCUCACCAGCCAUUUGUAGGAGUGCUGUCCACUGAGCUCCCCCUCCCCCCGGUGUUCUGGCCCAUGAUACAGCAGCACAGCUCCGCCAUGGGGGUUUCUCCAUUGUCAGUUACUAAAAACUGUAGCCUCUCCCUUCAGACUGCUUAUGCCAGAAAAGCUGUGCCUCACCCUCACCUAGGGCUGUAACUGUAGACAUAUACCUACAGCCGGUGGUCUCCUUGUGGACUCAGGUACACCUGAAGCAACCCUGUGUGGGAAAAGACAGGUUAACAAAGUAGAGAAGCUCUUACUGCCGUGUUUCUGUAAAUGUGACUACAGAUGUGAACUUUAUUGCCUGUCCAUCUAAAGGGAUGAAAAGAUGUAUAGUCAUAUACUUUCAGAGGAUUUUUUUUGUAGACUUCUACAGAUUGGUUUUAGUUUGCCAGUGGUAUGAGUUUGCUUGAGAUUACUCACAUUUUGUUUCUAGUCAACAAGCAGUGUAAACACCACAUUAAAAGAUAUUGUUGUCUUCUGCAGUUUUAUUUAGAUGGUUACACUGCCAAGUAUCUACACAGUCAUAACGACGGUACAAGCAUUUGAGAGAAGUUCCUUCCUGUAACCAGGCACUGCAACAUAGAAAUGUGAAA